AUGAAAGCUAGAGAGGAUCAAGAUGCUCAUGAUGUGAUAGUUAGUAAAUUUCUAUUAUUUGAUGCUGAUGUAUAUGCAUUGAUUGAUCCGAGAUCUACACAUUCUUAUAUCUGCACUACUACACCAAGUGAGAAGGGUAUACAUGCUGAAUUAUUACCACAUGAUAUAUUAGUAACUAAUCCUAUAGGACAUAGUGUGACUGCAAAUAAGGUGUAUAGAGAUUGCUCAGUUUGGGUGCAUGACAGGGAAUUUCCUGUUGACUUGAUAGAAUUGCCUUUUCACGAAUUUGAUGUUAUCCUGGGUAUGGAUUGGUUAGCUAAACAUCAGGCUGUAGUUGAUUGCAAAUUAAAAAGGGUUGUGUUGAAAGCUUCUGAUAAUUGUAAUGUGGCUAUAUAUGAUUACCAUUCAGGAAAAGCCAAUAUAGUAGCUGAUUCCCUAAGUCGAAAGUCAUUGGCAGCUUUAAAAGCAUUGAAUGCUCAUGUGAGGCUGACAACUAAUGGUGUGAUUGUAGCUUAUUUAAAGAUUAAAUCUAGUCUAAUUCAACAGGUGCAAGAUACACAGAAAACAGAUGAGAAGUUAAUGGGAAUAGUUAGUAAAUUGUUAGAUGAGAAGGAAGGUGAAUAUGUGAUAGACAAAGAUGGUCAUUUGUAUUACAGAGAUAGACUAUGUGUGCCGAAUGUAGAUGAUUUGAAAUAG